CAGCGGGGCUGCGCCCGCGCAUGCGCGUGACGGCAGGGCGACACCCGCGCUCGCUCUGGCCGCGGUUGACUCGGCCUCUGGUGGGUACCAGGCGGGAGGUCGGGGGUUUGCUUGGAACCCCCGACUUUGGGGCACGUCAGAAACAAUGCCAGGGCCUUCCACGAUGUCUUGGAUGACAUAGUAGCAUGGCUUCAAACACCCUCAAGAUCUCGGUCCCCACUGCUGUCCCACCCACCAUCAAGAUGGAAGCAUUCUGGCUGAAGAUGCCUCUCUUUGGAAGUACGUUUAGUCCGAAGAAGACGCCCCCUCGGAAGUCGGCGUCUCUCUCCAACCUGCAUAAUUUGGACCGGUCAACGCGGGAGGUGGAACUGGGCCUUGACUACGGAACCCCCACCAUGAACCUGGCCGGGCAGAGCCUGAAGUUUGAGAACGGCCAGUGGAUAGCAGAGACGGGGGUUAGUGGAGGUGUGGACCGGAGGGAGGCUCAGCGCCUGCGGAGACGGAACCAGCAGCUGGAAGAAGAGAACAACCUCUUGCGGCUGAAGGUGGACAUCCUGCUGGACAUGCUCUCGGAGACCACUGCUGAAUCCCACUUGAUGGAGAAAGAGCUGGAUGAACUGAAGAGCGUCAGCAGGCGGAGAAAAUGAAGACCCCAAAGACAUCUGUUUGGAGAACAGGGGGAAACCCAUCCAUCAGAAGAGGGGGAUGUGGCUGAGGGUAUUUUUAGCCAAACGGAGGGAUCAGGUCCUGGGAGAGAGCAUCAUAUAAUAGGGCCAGAAAGCUCUGGUCCCCUUGGGUUGGCGGUAGGAAGGUGACCACAGUAGAUUCCAGGCCAGUCCUGUGCUUCACGGCAGGGGAGACCUCUCUGGGGAGGUCUGGGGGUGACGGAAGCCUUUGAGUUUUCUCCAGUCACUUAAUACCCAAAUGCCCAUGGCUCAGGCUCACCCUCCUGGGACGGAGGUCAUCCCAUCAUCCCCUCACGUCGGUGUUUGAGGUGUGGCGCCCUCUUGUUGGGAGGUGGGGGGUCUCAGAUGAGAGGCUGUCCUGGUUCUCUGCCCUCCAGCCCAUCCUCUUGCUCCUUUAAAGAACACUCGUUUCCCCCAGAUCCACAACCUCCUCUGCCUUCAGCAUCUCGGCAGCCAGCACCAGCCUUCCAUGGCAACACUAUAUUUUUGUGCUACUUUCCUCUCUAUCCUACUUUUUAAAAUUAAAUUAUGCUAUCUAA